UACGAUCAACUGUGACGCCAGAUUAUUUUGAAUUAUUCAUAAAAUCAGUUCUGCUAGUUUUCUAAAUAUUUUGUCCAUAUUCACAGCAUAAACAUUGAAAUUAUCAAGAAAAUUGUACCAUAAUGAGCUCAUCUGAUACUGCCGCAACAACACCUACUCGAGUUAAAACCGACAGUUGGAUGGAUGAUGUUUUGCGAACCAACACCGUUUCCAAUAAAAAUGGCAAAAACUACUCUAAUUUAUUAGAAAUGGAGCGAUUCGGUAAUUCGAAUAACUCGGAUGAUUCGAACACCGUUGAGUACAAUCCUGACGAUAUUCCUAUGCUACCGGACGCAGAUGAGUUGCACGAAAGUCUCUUUUACAAUGAAUCGCCUAACUUGCCAUCCCUCACAAUGUACAAUCAACUUGGUUCUGAUAUAUUCCCCAAUAGCAAGUCAGCGUUGGGAAACUUGGAUGAAAUUGAUAUUUCAAUUUUGACGGAAUGUCUCGAACACGAGGAUAGCAUCGAAGAGGCUGAUGAACCGUGGAUCUGGGACCAAUUAUUCGCCCAGUUGUCAGUUAAAAUAAGCACCGAAACAAAAUCAACAUCAGUUGAGUAUAAAAACUAAACAAACAAUUCACAGGAAAGCGAUGUUGUUUGAUUAUCAAUUUGAUUUGAUAUCAAAAUAUGUAGUAACAUUUUGAAAACCACGACAUUGGCCCUUAUUAAGGUUUCUACUGCACGGUGAAAAGAGGCACAUGUAAAGUGGACUGAGCGAUGCCUUUUUACUAAAUUCUCGCUUUACAUAGUUAAUUUUAUUUAAUUCACUAUGCGAAAACGGUAAUAGGCAGGGAAUUAAUAU